AUGCCGAUCUCCUCCACCCUCGCCGCGCGCCUCCGCACCGGCCACUCUCCCGCACCCUCACCCGCACGCGCGCCCGCACGGUGGAGCCCCUACGCCAGACCCUCUGUGUCUGAGCCUUGCGGCGGCGCCAAGGCCUCCCGCCCGACCCUUCGCCUCGAUCCGGCGACGACGAGGCUCCUCGGCCCUGUUCAGAAGGCGGUGCUGUCCGGAUCGAGUCUCCGUGCCGAGCCCGAUGCGCCCGAUGCUGCAUCUGCAGCACCCGCACGGCGGCGAUGCGGAAACGACAUGACAAACACAAAGCCUGAGCCGAAGCCGAAACCGGCUAAUGGAGACGAUAUGCCGCCCCUUGAGGAUAAGCGCCGCUGCAGCGGUGAGGGCGGCUUCGUCUUCCUCUGCGCCCUUGCUGGACACACGGAGGCUAUCAGUGGGAUUUCUCUGCCGCUGGGUUCCGACAAGCUCUACUCCGGCAGCGCCGACGGAUCUGUUCGCAUCUGGGACUGCAAUUCCGGCAAGUGUGUUGAUGUCAUCAAGAUGGGAGGCAAGGUUGGCUGCAUGAUCACCCAUGGCCCAUGGGUAUUCAUUGGAAUUCCGAAGUCUGUGGAGGCUUGGAACACAAAGACAGGGAUGAAACUAAGUCUUCAAGGGCCUUCUAGUCUGGUUUGUUCCAUGGCUAUCACGGAUGAGAUGCUGUUUGCUGGUACGGGAGAUGGUCGCAUCGUGGCCUGGAAAUUUCCUUCUAAGGAGAGUAACAUUGAACCAGUGUUGAUCCUCAGUGGCCAUCAACGUCCAGUUGUUUCACUGUCUAUCUCAGCAAGAAGACUUUACUCUGGCUCACUUGACAAGACCAUCAAAGCAUGGGACCUUACGACUCGGCAGUGUGUCCAAACACUCUUUGAGCAUAAAGCUGCUGUAACAUCUGUGCUUUGUUGGGAUGAGAAGUUAUUAUCUUGCUCCCUUGACAAGACUGUAAAGGUCUGGACUCUGUCAGAGUCUGGAAACCUUCAAGCCAAAUAUACUCAUGCUGAGGAGCAUGGUUUGCGCACACUCUUCGGCAUGCACCGAGUUGGGAAGACGCCAGUUCUCUUCUGCUCCCUCCGCAACAGCAAUUGCAUCCGUUUGCUCGACUUGCCAUCGUUCGACGGGAUGGGCACACUCUUCGCCAAGAAGGAAGUGAGGACCAUCGAGCUCGCAGCUGGUGGGCUGCUCUUCACCGGAGACUGCUCCGGCGAGCUGAAAGUGUGGAGGUGGGCGCCCCAGGACAAGGAGGCAGUGGCGGAUGUGCAUUCAUAG